GCCGCCGCCCGGGGUGUGGGUCCGGCCGGGAUGGGGGAGGCCGGGCUGGGGCCGGGGCCCGGGCCCAGAGAGGCGCAGGAGCCCGAGGAGGACGAGGCGGCGGCGCCGGGCGGCGCACGAGGGGGCCGGGCCGGGCCCCGCGGCGGCAUCCGGGUGCUGAAGAGGAACGCGAAGCGCGCCGGCAGCAGGAGCUGCCUGAGCAGGAGCCGGGUUGGGUCCCGUGAGAGGGCCUGGCUGAAAGGGGACGUCGGACGGGGCUGCGUGUAUGUUUAUGGAAGAGACUCUGCAGCUGCGGCUCCCUCGGACUUGCGCCUGGUCCUGUGCACGGUGGACACCCCAGCGUCCGAGAUCUGUAAUGGAGAAGGGAGGAAAAACCUCUUUUUGCAGCUUCAUGGAGACCUGGUCAGGAGGCUGGAACCCACAGAAAAACCCCUUCAGAUUGUGUAUGACUACUUGGCUGGAUUGGGUUUUGAUGAUCCUCUCAGAAUGCAGGAAGAGGCAGCAAAUUCUGAUCUCAGCUGUAUGAUUCGCUUUUACAGUGAAAAGCCGUGUCAGGUGGAACAGCUGGAUCGCAUUCUCCUCUCUGGAGUCUAUAACGUCCGCAAAGGAAAGACCCAGCUGCACAAGUGGGCAGAGCGCUCAGUCACUCUCUGUGGCACGUGCCUCAUUGUGUCCUCGGUGAAGGACAGCCAUGCAGGGAAGAUGCACAUCUUGCCUCUCAUUGGAGGGAAGGUGGAAGAGAUGAAACGUCGGCAGUACACCCUUGCUUUCACCUCGGCUGGAGCACAGGCUCAAACGUACCACGUUUCCUUUGACUCACUGGCAGAGUGCCAGCGGUGGCACCGGAGGGCAUCCACGGUUGUGUCUAUGCGACUUAGCAUGGUUGAUCUUUCAUGCUACAGCCUUGAGGAACUACCUGAACACCUCUUCUACAGUCAAGAUAUCACCUACCUCAACCUACGACACAAUUUUAUGAGAUCAAGUGGAGCAGGGAGUCUCGACUCUCUUUGCAGGUUUUCUCAGUUGAAGAAUCUGAACCUGUCCAAUAAUAGACUGGGAGAGUUUCCUGUAUCACUGUGUGAGAUCUCUACUCUGACAGAGCUUAAUAUUUCCUGUAAUGGACUUCAUUACCUGCCAAGUGAGAUUGGCAAACUGUUGAAUCUCCAGACCUUCUGGCUUGAUGGCAAUUUCCUCAUGUCCUUACCAGAAGAGCUGGGAAAUCUCCAGCAGCUCAGCUGUCUUGGGCUUUCUUUCAAUAACUUCUGUGAACUGCCAGCAAUUUGUGAGAAACUCGUCGCCUUAGACAAACUAGCCCUGGCAGGGAACUUGCUGGAGACCCUGGACCUGGCAAUGCUGAACCGUAUGAGUCACAUCAAAAGUGUGGACCUGAGGCUGAACAACCUGAAAAGAGCAACUGCUGACACUCUGGAGGGGAACAAAUCUGUGACUUACAUGGAUUUACGAGACAAUCAGAUGACAGAUCUGGAUCUGAGCUCCUUGGGCAGCCUGGAGCAGCUGCACUGUGAGCGGAAUAAGCUGAGAGAGCUGACGCUGAGUGGCUUCUCCCUUCGGGCCCUCUAUGCCAACAGCAAUUGUCUGGCAGCUGUCAAUAUUUAUCCGGUUCCUGCUCAACUGACGUGUCUAGAACUCUCUCACAAUCAACUACAGUGUGUCCCAGACUGGGCCUGUGAAGCAAAGAAACUGGAAGUUUUGGAUGUGAGCUACAACCUCCUUGUGGAGCUUCCAUCAAGGGUCCUCAGCAGCCUGAGCCUUCGGAAGUUGAUGGUUGGGCACAAUCGUCUGCAGAGCCUUCCACCUCUUCUAGAACACAUUCCACUGGAGGUGCUGGACCUUCAGCACAACCUGUUGACUAAACUCCCAGAGACACUCUUUCUCAAGGCUCUGAACCUCAGGUACCUGAAUGCAUCUGCAAACAGUCUGGAGUCAUUGCCCUCUGCAUGUGUGGGGGAGGAGAGUCUGAGUAUGCUGCAGCUGCUGUACUUGACCAAUAACAACCUCACAGAUCAGUCCAUCCCUGUCUUGGUGGGACACCCAAACCUACGGAUCCUGCAUCUGGCAAACAACAACCUGCAGACUUUCCCUGCAAGCAAACUUAGUAAGCUGGAACACUUGGAAGAACUGAAUCUGAGCGGCAACAAACUGAAAACAAUUCCUACAACAGUUGCGAACUGCAAGCUACUUCAUACACUUAUUGCACAUUCUAAUGAAAUCAGCAUCUUUCCAGAGAUCCUGCAUUUGCCCCGUAUUCAGUUUGUGGACUUGAGCUGCAAUGAGUUAACCGAAAUCCUAAUCCCUGAGGCACUGCCAGGUGCCUUGCAAGAGCUGGACCUGAGCGGAAACACAAACCUGGUGCUAGAACACAAGACACUGGAUAUCUUCAGUCACAUUACCACACUGAAGAUUGAUGCUAAGCCCUCCCUCACGGCAGACUCGGCACUCACUUCUUCCUUCUGGAGUCACGGUGUAGCUGAGAUGGCAGGCCAAAGAAAUAAACUGUGUGUGUCAUCCCUGGCACUGGGGAGCUUUGCAGAGGGGGUGGAAGCUGUCUAUGGCAUGUUUGAUGGUGACAAGAAUGAAGAACUGCCACGCUUACUGCAAUGCACCAUGGCCGAUGUGCUCCUGGAGGAGGUACAGCAGUCAGACACCAUGUUCAUGUCCAACACCUUCUUGGUCUCCCACAGGAAGCUGGGCAUGGCUGGGCAGAAGCUGGGUUCCUCUGCUGUCCUGUGCUAUAUUCGUCACGAGGUGGCUGAUCCAGCCAGCAACUUUUCUCUGACGGUCGCCAAUGUGGGGACGUGCCAAGCCGUUCUGUGCCGAAGUGGAAAACCGCUGCCUCUCUCCAAAGUCUUCAGCCUUGAACAAUGUUCAGAAGAAGCCAGGAGGGUCAAGGAGCAAAAAGCCAUUAUAACAGAGGACAAUAAGGUCAAUGGUGUGACCUGCUGUACUCGGAUGCUGGGCUGCACCUACUUGCAUCCUUGGAUCCUGCCCAAACCACAUGUCAAUUCGAUUCCACUGACUGUACAAGAUGAGCUGCUACUUCUAGGGAACAAAGCUCUCUGGGAACACCUUUCUUAUGCAGAGGCCAUCUCAGCCGUGCAGCACCUACACGACCCACUAGCUGCUGCAAAGAAACUCUGCACUUUAGCCCAAAGCUAUGGUUGCCAAGACAAUGUAGGUGCAAUGGUGGUGUGUCUGAACAUCAGUGAGGACAACUGCACGUGUGAGAUGCAUGGCCUGACUCUGACAGGUCCUGGGGGAUUUAGUUCCACCACCACCAAGCCAGCAACACCUUCAUCUAGCAGUGGAAUUGCUUCCGAGUUCGGCAGUGAACUGUCUGCUUCUGAGGUCAGCAGUGAGGUGGGUUCUACUGCUUCAGAUGAACACAGUGCUGUUGGUCUUGAUGGCAGUUUGCUACCACGACAAGAGCGACGUUGCAGCCUACAUCCUGUGCCCCCCUCGAGCAUCUUUCAGCGCCAACCUUCCAGUGCCACCUUCUCUAGCAACCAGUCUGACAACGGUCUGGAUAGCGAUGAUGAGCAGCCUGUGGAAGGUGUGAUGACAAAUGGCAGUAAAGUGGAGGUAGCAGUGGACAUCCACUGCUGUAAAGGAAAGGGCCUGGAGUUUGAAUGUCUUGCUGCAGAGUACAACUCCCCUGCUCCAAGGCCAGAGGAUGACUCUGGGCUCAUCCUCAUCAUUCGGAGACAGAACAGCGUAAACAGCAACACUGUGCAGAGAGGGGUCAAAGAAAAGUGUGAACUGCAAAAAUCUCUUUCCACGUGUUGUCUUUAUGGAAAGAAGCUUUCCAAUGGCUCCAUAGUGCCCUUGGAGGAGAGCCUCAACCUCAUUGAAGUAGCCACAGAGGCACCCAAGAAGAAGACUGGCUAUUUUGCUGCUCCAUCCCAGAUGGAGCCAGAAGAUCAAUUUGUGGUGCCACCUGAUCUGGAAGAGGAAGUGAAGGAACAAAUGAAGCAGCACCAGGAGAAUGGAGCAGAUCAGGAGCCAAAAGAGGAACAUGCAGCACCCCUGCCAGAGGAAUUUGACACAGCUUUGUAACCCUACAAUUACCACUCCCACGUUGUCUGUCCCAGGAAGCUCUGUUUCAUAAGGGCUGUCUUGCCCUCCAAGCAGACCUGGGAUCUGCAAGGAGUACAGGCACCUGCUGCUUCCUUAAUGGAGUCGAGGAAGAAUCAGGAGUGCCAAGGUCUGGGCUGUCCACUUUUCACUGCAGAGUCUCAGUUGUUCUAUGAGCACUCAGACCAGCAGCUGAGCUCUGUGAUAGGGACUGUCUGUAACUCCUUAAACACUGAGGUUCUGCCAGCUCUGCAGGAAAGGGUCUGGUGUACAUGUGUGUGGGGUGAGGAGGCUGCUGAAGGGGAAAUGUUCAGUGUUAAGAGUCCUAUGAAUAUUUCUAAUGCAGUGUCCCGCCCUCCCCCCCAACACCUGACUUUGUUAUUCCUUGAAAGAAUACAGACAGUUGCAAUGAAGCUGACCUAAGAAUGAUUUCCUACAUUAACUGCAAGCACUUUUAUUGAUUGCACUUAAGCUGUUCUUCUCCCCUUCAGCCCAGCACUUUAUUAUUUAGGGUUAGGGGAGAAAGCACUCCACAGCAGGUAUGCUGGGGGCUUUUUCCAAUGGAUAUUGUUAGGGCAGUGGAGGACUCAGGGUACCAGUGUUCUGAUGAGCACUGGUGCAGGAAGAGUGAGGGUUAUGAUGGGAUCAUCCUGUGCAGAAUGAGAAAAUACAUAGCUGAGUGAUAAGCAGGUGCCAACUGAUGCAUUUCAUAUGGAGCAUAGAAAAGAUCAGCUCUGGACUGGUUGAUUCAGGUAAUGUGUAGAGCUAGUGCUUGUCGCUGCAGAGCACAGACCCAAUUCAUCAGCAACUUGGCCACCUCCAUCAUGGAUGCUUCAGAGUAGUGGCUUCCUCUAUCCAGAAGACAUGGGAUAAGCCCAGGAGCUCGUGCUUGUCU